UGGGCUCAAAUGCAAUACCGUGAGCAUGAGGACAUGCUGAAUGUCCUCUGGAUCAAUAUGGAAAGUUUCCAAAACGUACGGCUGGUGUCCAGCACAGCUUCAACCAUGAAGAGUGUGUACCUCUUGGCGCCCACGUUACUGCUGCUCUUGGCACUGCCGGCCUCCAGUGGACGCUACAAUGAUGACUUUGAUGACGGGGAGGACCUGUCAGACUUUGCAGACGACAAUGACUUCGCUGAGUUUGAGGAUGUAAGCGAGGACGCUACGGCCGAGCCAGAGAUGGCAACUCCGUCCCGUGCAGCGCCCCACGUUCAAACUGCGGAGGACGAUGAGGACGAAGCCACGGUGGAGCUAGAGGAGGAGGACGGACAGGAUGACGGCUUUGAGGACUCUGAUACACAGGAUCAAGACAUGUACAGCAAGUAUGAUCCCGAUGAGUUUGACGGCAUGGAGAAGCCCAGCCCGUCCCUCAAAGACCCUCUCAUCAUCCACACUGUGCCAGCCCAUCUACAGAACAGCUGGGAAAGCUACUACAUGGAAAUUCUGAUGGUGACGGGCCUGCUGGCAUAUAUCAUGAACUACAUCAUCGGCAAGAACAAGAACAGCCGGCUGGCCGCGGCCUGGUUCAACUCCCAUAGAGAGCUGCUGGAGAGCAACUUUGCGCUGGUGGGUGAUGAUGGCACCAAUAAGGACGCAGUGAGCACAGGGAAGCUGAACCAGGAGAACGAGCACAUCUAUAACCUGUGGUGCUCCGGUCGCGUGUGCUGCGAGGGCAUGCUCAUCCAGCUUAAGUUCCUGAAGAGGCAAGACCUGCUGAAUGUUCUGGCCCGGAUGAUGAGGCCAGUGUGUGAUCAAGUGCAAAUCAAAGUUACCCUGAAUGAUGAGGACAUGGACACAUUUGUAUUUGCUGUGGGAACCAGGAAGGCCAUGGCCCGGAUGCAGAAGGAGAUGCAGGACUUGAGUGAGUUCUGCAGUGAUAAGCCCAAGUCGGGGGCAAAGUAUGGUCUUCCUGAGACCCUGGCCAUCCUGACGGAGAUGGGCGAAGUCACUGACGGCGUGAUGGACAGCAAGAUGGUUCAUUAUAUAACCGGCCAUGCUGACAAGAUUGAGUCCAUCCAUUUCUCGGACCAAUUUUCUGGUCCAAAAGUUAUGCAAGAGGAUGGACAGCCCUUGAAGCUACCUGAGACCAAGAAGACGUUGUUGUUUACAUUUAACGUGCCUGGCAUGGGCAACACGUCUCCCAAAGACAUGGACUCUCUGCUUCCCUUGAUGAACAUGGUCAUCUACAGCAUCGACAAGGUCAAGAAGCUUCGCCUCAACAGGGAGGGGAAACUGAAGGCUGAUAAGAACCGUGCCCGCGUGGAAGAGAACUUCCUGAAGCAGACACACGCUCAGCGCCAGGAGGCGGCUCAGACCCGGCGGGAGGAGAAAAAAAGGGCUGAGAAAGAGAGGAUCAUGAGCGAGGAGGAUCCUGAGCGACAGCGGCGCCUGGAGGAGGCUGCCCAACGCCGUGAUCAGAAGAAGAUUGAAAAGCAGAUGAAGAUGAAGCAGAUCAAAGUAAAAGCCAUGUAAGGACGGCUGAAGGGAUUCAAGCACACAGCUCAGACGGUCUCCACUGCUUCCAUCUCUCACUUCAGCGACCAGUUCUGGCUCACAAGCUAACACAGACAUUCCCUUUCCAUGGACGUGUCAAGCUUAGCUGUUCUCUGUUCUCAUGGAAACGCAAUUUCCAAUCAGAGUGGGGGGUCUCUUUGGCUGUGAGUGAGCUGCUAGUAACGAGCAAAAGGGACAGAGGAGUUUUCCAUAUCAAGUCCGUCGCCAUGAUGACCCGUGUCUUUUUUUUUUUAGUUUGUUUAGACUGUUUCUUCUGCCUAGAUCUUCAUUGCUUAUUUCAAAGCAAGUCGGCUCAAUGAGCUUUUUAAUUGAAUCUACAGGGAUUGGGGAUGCACCUCUCAGUGGGAAUAAAAAUGCUUAUUUUAAAAGGAAUGUUUUCAUGAGCUGUUAAUGUAACACUGAUGCUGCGAAACUAGAUGCAAAGUGUCAAAUUUUUAUUUAUCUAAGUGACCGAGUCCUUACAAGGUAUGUCUGUCUCUGGUGAAUUUUUGAGCAAACAUAAUAAAAUGCACUGGAAGCUA